AUGCAAUCAGCACUCCUGUGCAACUCCCGUUACUCCUUGUCACAUCUCUAUUUUCUGCUGUUUACCCCUCUUUCCCUUUUCACUUGCCAACUGGCAGCAGAGGGCAACACUGAAAUUGAUGCAAUUAGCACGAGUCGUCCACUCCUAUGGAGCUCUCCUCACUCCGUCCGUAUCACCGCUCUUCACCCCCGUGUGUUCCUCACUCCUUAUCACCGCUCUUCACCCCCGUGUGUUCCUCACUCCUUAUCACCGCUCUUCAACCCCGUCAUUGUUUCACCCAACCGCAGCACUGACAGGGCAGCGGGCAUGGAAGCGCUGGCAGUCAUGCAAUCAGCACGCGUCCAUUCACUCCUUUGCAAAUCCUUUUACUCCUCGUCACCGCUCUUCACCUGCCGUCAUCCCCCGUUCACCCUGUUGUUUCCCAAAUGGCAGCACAGGGCAGCGGGCAUGGCAGCCCUAGAAGUCAUGCAAUCAGCACGUGCCACGUGGCGGUGGUGGGCCAAGAGAAAGCACAAGCAUGGACUGACGGAGGGGAGGAGAGCUGCAGAUCCAAGGAAAAAUGAAGAGGAGGAGGAGGAAGAUGAGGAGGAUGAGGAGGAGGAUGAUGAUGAUGAGGAGGAGGAAGAGGAGGAGGAGGGGGUGGGGAUGGUUGUGGAUGGGUGGAGAGGGGUGUUUGACAUUGGUGUGAGGUGGAGGCAGCUGGUGGACCCAUGCGAGCCUGUCUUGUGGAUGGAGAGGGUCAGAGGCUUUGGUGCGAGGAGGAGGCAGCUGGUGGACCCAUGCGAGCCGGUGGUUUGGAUGGAAACGCUGAGGAGCGCUGACCCCUCUCUGGUGGGGAACUCUGUGACUCCAAUUUCUGUGUUCCGCCAACUCACCACCAAAUAUGCAGACUACUAUAACAGAACCCUCUCUGUGAUCAAGAGCACGAUGCAGCAGCACCACCAUGUGCUCUCCAACAUUCACCUUAUGCCCGUUCUCUCUCUCCCACCACCAUCAGAACCCUCUCAAACCCUCUCAGUGCUCAAGAGCAUGAUGCAGCAGCAUGUGGAGACCCUCUCAGUGCUCAAGAGCUACAUGCAGCAGCAGCAUCAUGUGUUCUCCAAUGUGGAUGACCUGCGCAUUCCCCUCUCAAAGCGGGAAGUCGCCAGGUUUCAGCCUAGUGGGUGUGCCGGCACACAGCCAUGCCAAACUGUUCUCUCUCCUCCACUGCUGCUCACCAACCUUGAAAAUUUGCAUGGCAUUGAGAGGUAA